AUGGCCGCCGGCCGGCGAAACCUCCUGCUCUGCUUCGACGCUUUUGGCACCCUCUUCAGCCCCAAGGGCACCGUGGUCCAGCAGUACGCCCGCGUCGCGCGGCAGUGCGGAAUCGCCGACUUCUCGGAGGACCAGCUGUCGACGCACUUGGCGGCCGCGCUGAGCCGAGAGCGCACCCUCAACCCCAACUACGGCAAGGCCACCGGCCUCGGCGCUACCCAGUGGUGGACAAAAGUUAUUCAUGACACAUUUACGCCCUUGCUUCGAAAGCAGCAGCCGUUUCCGCCAGCUCUGGUUCCGGCCUUGCUCCGGCGCUUCGCCUCCGAUGAAGGUUACGACGCGCAGCCCGACCUUGUCCCCGCGCUGCGGGCCCUACGCCAUCCCGAGUCGCAGCACGCAUUCGAUGAAGUCGUCAUCGGCGUCGUGACCAACUCUGACGAUCGGGUCCCAAGCAUCCUGUCCUCCAUGGGUCUGCACGUGAGCCCUUUGCGCUACAGCGCCAACGAUAACUACAAUGCGCAGACCAAUGACUACCAACACCGCCGUGGAGACACCUACGACGUCGACUUCCACUGCAUGUCCUAUGAUGUGGGGUACGAGAAGCCUGACACGCGCAUAUUUCAAGCCGCCGAGUCCAUGCUGGCCGGCAUCCUCGCGGCGCGCGAGGGGAGGAAGGUGACGAUGGAGUCGCAGCUGCCACAGGGCUGGUACAAGGUCUUUGUCGGCGACGAGCACGCCAAAGACGUCGUAGGCUCCGCCAACGCCGGCUGGCACCCUAUCCUACUGGGCGCUGAUGCGCAGGCCUCCGCCGUGGCCAGCCUCGAGGACUGCCCACCCGGCCAUUCACUCGCUGACGUGUUUCGGCUUCAUCCUGUCGUACGCGUGCCGUCGAUUCGGUCGUUGGCGCUCUGGCUCUCCAGGCCUCAAUGGACUUCGCAUGAAGAGUCCUGA